AUGUCAUAUUUGAAUAAACUAAAUAAAAUUUGUUCAUCUAUUAAUGCCCAGUAUAGCUUAAGAUUUAGUCAUGCUCAACAGCUAAAGCCCAAAAUUCAGAAACAGCAUAUAGAUAAAGUGUUAAUUGCAAAUCGAGGAGAAAUAGCAUGUAGGGUUAUGAAAACAGCUAAAAAACUAGGAAUAACAACAGUUGCAGUAUAUUCUGAUGCUGACAAAAAUGCUAUGCAUGUUGAAAUGGCAGAUGAAGCCUACCAUAUUGGGACAGCACCUUCAACUCAAAGCUAUUUAAAUGCAUUAAAAAUUCUAGAAGUUGCAAAAAAAUCCAAUAGCCAUGCAAUUCAUCCUGGCUAUGGCUUUCUGUCAGAAAAUGUGGAAUUCUGUGAACAGUGUGCUAAUAAUGGUGUUAUUUUUAUUGGACCACCAACUUCUGCAAUAAGAGAUAUGGGCAUUAAGAGUACUUCGAAAGCAAUAAUGUUCAGUGCUGGUGUUCCAAUAGUAAAAGGAUAUCAUGGAGAAGACCAAAGCAUAGAGAAACUUCAAGAAGAAGCAAAGAGAAUUGGUUUUCCUUUAAUGAUUAAAGCUGUGCGAGGAGGUGGUGGAAAGGGUAUGAGAAUAGCCAUGACAGAAUCAGAUUUUUUGCCACAGUUGGAAUCUGCAAAACGAGAAUCUCUUAAAUCAUUUGGUGAUGACAACAUGCUCUUAGAACAGUACAUUACAGAUCCCAGACAUGUGGAAGUCCAGGUUUUUGCUGAUAUGUAUGGAAAUGCAGUACAUCUAUUUGAAAGAGAUUGUUCAGUACAAAGACGUCAUCAAAAAAUCAUUGAAGAAGCACCUGCUCCUGGUUUGUCCGAAGAAACUCGUAAAUCGAUAGGUGAAGCAGCGGUGCGAGCUGCCAAAGCUGUUGGGUACGUGGGCGCCGGCACUGUAGAGUUCAUCCUCCAUAGAAAGACACAUGAAUUUCACUUUAUGGAAAUGAAUACACGAUUGCAAGUGGAACAUCCUAUCACUGAAAUGAUAACUGGUACAGAUUUAGUAGAAUGGCAACUCCGUGUAGCGGCAGGCGAGCCCCUACCAAUGACACAAGACCAGAUCACGCGUCGUGGACACGCUGUGGAGUGCAGGAUAUAUGCUGAGGAACCGCGUGCUGGGUUCUUACCCAGAGCCGGGACUUUGCAUAGACUUAGACAGCCCAAGCCCGAAGAGAAUGUUCGAGUAGAAACUGGAGUAAGAGAAGGCCAAGAAGUAUCAGUUCACUAUGACCCCAUGAUAGCAAAGCUUGUUGUAUGGGGCCAAGACAGGAAUGAAGCGUUGGCUGUAACAAGACGAAAGCUAUCUGAAUAUCAAGUGGCAGGUCUAGAAACAAACGUGAACUUCCUCCUGCGUCUGAGCGGCGCGAGCGCGUUCGUGGCCGGCGACGUGCACACCGCCUUCAUCCCGCAACACGAGACCGAGCUGUUCCCGCAGACCGACUCCCGCCUGAGUCAGGAACACGCUAUUCAAGCCGCACUGGGACAUCUAAUCAAAUCCCAGAUAAAAGUUUCACAAAAUGAUUUGUGGAAAGGAAUCUCAGUGCCAUCUAGUGCGUGGAGACCAAACUACAACUUGAAAAAAAUAAUAAACUUAAAAUUUGACGAACAUGACACAAAGGUGGCUGUAACAUACGACAGCGCACCCAACACUUACAAAGUGCAAGUUAAUGAUGGGGACGUCAAAAGUGUCGAAGCAUACGUAAAGUUAAAUGAACAGGGUCUAAGAUUGAUCACAAAAGUGGGAGAUAAAACCAGUAAUGUGGGCCUCUUGACUUAUGACCACGAAGUGCAUGUGUAUGAUGAGAACGGCCAAACGGUUGUACAAUUACCGAGGCCCAAAUAUCAAGCCUUAACCACUGACGGUACGUCCUCGACCGAUACCGCCUGCUCUCCAACACCAGGCGUCUUAGAAAAAAUACUAGUGAAUAAAGGCGAUAAGGUGGUGAAAGGUCAGCCAUUAUUCGUAGUGAUAGCAAUGAAGAUGGAGUAUGUAGUGCGCUCGCCGCGAGAUGGCGUCGUGGCAGACGUGGCCGCGCUCAAGCAAGGCGACGCGGUUGGCAAGGGCGUCCAAGUGGUGGCGUUGGAAGGAGAAAAC